ACAUACUAGUUCUACUGUGCGAGAACCUUCCUUCCCCUCUCAUCGUUCAUCUACGGACUACGGACCUUGAUAUGGAAAAGAAAGAAACAAGUUCGUCGGCUUAUCCAUGUUUCGAGAAAAUUCAGAAGAGAUUCAGUAGAGAAUAUGAAAACAGUUACACCUCAAACAAAAUUUAGGAUUUAAAACAAUUAACAUCUUCCAACGCAUCAAAAUUUAGAAUUAAAUAUUUAUAAAAUGGCCGGUAAUUUCUGGCAAAGUUCACAUCAUCAACAGUGGUUACUGGAUAAACAAGAUUUGAUCAGAGAACGUCAGCAUGAUUUAUCAAUAUUAUCAGAGGAAGAAUAUCAGAAAAUAUUCAUUUUCUUUUCUAACAUGAUACAAAUGUUAGGUGAACAAUUAAAGUCGAGGCAACAAGUGAUAGCUACCGCAACAGUUUAUUUUAAAAGAUUUUAUGCUCGCAACAGUUUAAAAUGUAUAGAUCCUUUAUUAUUAGCUCCUACAGCAGUGUUUUUAGCAUCAAAAGUAGAAGAAUUUGGUGUAAUUUCUAAUACUAGAUUGAUAACAACAAUGGGAACUAUAGUUAAGAACAAAUUUAAUUACGCAUACAUGCAAGAAUUUCCAUAUCGUAUAAAUCAUAUUUUAGAGUGUGAAUUUUAUCUCUUGGAACAGUUAGAUUGUUGUUUAAUAGUAUAUCAACCAUACCGUCCCUUAUUAACAUUAAUUCAGGAUGUGGGACCAGAUGAUCAAUUACUUACUCUCGCAUGGCGUAUAAUUAAUGACAGUUUAAGGACAGAUGUAUGUUUAUUGUAUCCACCUUAUCAAAUAGCAAUUGGUUGUCUGCAAAUAGCUUGCGUGAUAUUGCAAAAAGAUCUUAAAUCGUGGUUCGCAGAAUUAAAUGCGGAUCUGGAGAAGAUUCAAGAAAUAGCACGGUAUAUAAUUAAUUUAUAUGAAUUGUGGAAGAGAUACGAUGAAAAGAACGAGAUCCAGGGUUUGCUGGCUAAAAUGCCAAAACCAAAAGCAGCGCCACAACGUUGACAUCAAGUUCCCUGUUCGUCGAAUGUUUGGGAUUCAUGCUAGUACAGUGAAUACUUGAAUGUCUUUUCCAUAUAUAUACAUAUAUAUCGCUAUCAGAGACGCAUAGAAUUGACAACUAAUAUCAUUCUGCAUUUAUAUCUGCCGAAAACAAACUUUUUUUUAUCCCUACACAAAACUAUUUUUUAAACCAUGUGACAAAUAAUGCAUUACUUAAUAUUCUUAUAUUUUAUUCUCGAUGCUUGAUUUAACAUAUAUCGCUAAAAGUUAUGGAACAUUAUAUCUUAAUUAAUUACA